GAUGGUAAUCGUGGCUAAAUGACAGAUGAUAAGAAAGGCAGGAUCAUUUUCUCAGGGAUGAUUUUCUAUGGCCACCCAAUCAGACAGCUGUCAAGGUUUCUUUUCCUAGUGAUUUGGCCGUGACGCUGCCUGUGUGCUGUAAUUAGGUCUUUAAUAUGGGUGAUUAAGGCCCCAUUGUAAAGGACACCGAAUGAGAAAUGGGAGGCAGUCCUUCUAAACUUCUUCAAGUCACUUUGACAAAUCAAUUUCUGCUAGCUAAUUUUGUGAUUUACAAUUAAAAUUAAAAUAGUAGGCUACAUUAAAUAUAGUGAAAUGGCAGUGCAAAUGACGAACGCGCAUUGUUGACAGCAUCAAUAACGUACUAGCAUCUAAAUACUGCAUCUGCAGCUGGGCUGCUUCAGCGAGAGACCACAAUUUAAGUGAGUGGUGAUUGGCUGAAGCGCGCCUGACGUCACCUCACGGAUGUUUAAAGGGGAUAGAAGUCCGGUAAUAGAGCAACGUAAAGAGCGCCGUUAAUUUACAACGGUCAGACCUUAUGAGGAUAUACAAGCGAGACGUCAUUUAAAUGUAGGUAAAUGAAGUUAUAUCCGCGUUCAUGACCUCUGCUUUUUGCCUGAAGACAAGCUAUGGACCGGCGUCUGCGUCUAUCCGAGCUGACAGACUGAACGCGAUCAUCUGUUCUGUAUCGAUGACUCUGGGAAAUCAUCUGAAAGUUGUGAAGCAGUUGACAUGCAUUCUAUUCUAGGUAGUGACCCAGCUAUUACGGUAAACACUGCUUGUAAUACACAACCAGCUCAUGUCAGGAUGGGGGCCCUGGCAUGGAAGCGGUGCGUUGGAUGUGGAUGCAAGAUUUCAGACCGCUUCCUCCUGUUUGCUCUGGAUGGAUACUGGCACUGCCACUGCCUCAAGUGCUCCUGCUGUCAAGCCCAGCUGGCAGAAAUCGGCUCCUCCUGUUUCACAAAGCGUGGCUUGAUCCUCUGCAAAAGUGACUAUAUAAGAUUGUUUGGUCACAGCGGAGCCUGCAGGGCUUGCAGUAAGUCCAUCCCAGCAAAUGAAAUGGUUAUGCGAGCACAGGACAAUGUUUUCCAUGUCAAGUGUUUUGUAUGCUCCAUCUGUCAUAACCAGCUAGUACCUGGUGACCGUUUUCACUACACGAAUGGAAAACUGUACUGUGAGCAGGACAGACCGACAGCUUCUGCGCACAGAUGCGACCACUUGGAUUCACUCAGGGAGCACAACAUAUCUGAACAGAAGUCCUGAGCUCAUCAUUUUUUGCUGAACUCUGAGAAAGAGACACUAAUGGAGCCCCUAGUUUCAUAUUCAGGACCUCAUAUAACCCAGUAGUUGCUUUGUCAGCUACAGACCAUUUUGUGAAGGUCUAAUAUUGUGGAAAUUCAACGUAUAUGGUAAUAUCUGGCAGUUUAAAUGAGGUUAACCAUUGGAGCUGAAAAGCAAUAUCGGCGAGCAUUCUUGCGUAUCAUAAUCAAUUAUGAAUUGGUUUUGCACAGAAUGACCUUUCUUAUAUGUUGUGGACCUGCAAUUUAGUUGUGGUGUCUGUUAGUAUUGAUAUAGUGCUGUGUACUUCACUUUCAGGCAGUGAAAACACACCACCUUCAUCUGGUGUGUGUGUGUGUGACAUUUAUCUUUUGGUUAUGGGAUGGCUAUUCUUCCUGGUCUGCAGUUACAGUAUCACUGCUAUUAACCUGUUCUUAAAUCAACUCUGGUAGCAUCCAAAGAGUCCACAUUCUCUGUAUCAUUUGUAGCAGACCUCCAGAUGAUCUCUUAGAGGGCAUAAUGUUUUUUUUUUUAUUAGAAAACACUAUUCUGAGCUCACUAUAAAGGACCAAACUGUAAAAUGUGUUGUGUGUGAGAAGUAAUAUUUGCUUUAUUCAGAAUAAUUAAAAAUCUUUAAAACCCCCAGAAAGGAU